AUGGGGGGGCGCGGAGGAGACGCCGGAAGUGGCGGUGGUACGGGUCCGACCGAGGGGCGCUCCCCGCCGGCCGCGUCCACCCGAGCGGCGGCCAGAGCCCGGGCCCGAGGGGGUGGGCGUGGCGGCCGGCCGCUCUCGACCCCGGCCGUUCCCUCGUCGCGCGGGGCGGCGCCACGGCGCUCCCUUCCACCGGCUGCCAUGAGCGAGCGCCUGCGCCCCAGGAAAAGGAGAAGGAAUGGCAAUGAAGAGGACCACCACCUUCCCCCGCAGACCAAGAGGAGCAGCCGAAACGCUGUCUUCCAGGAGUCCUGGGACACGGAGUCUUCCAGCAGUGACAGUGGUGGGAGCAGUAGCAGCAGCGGCAGCAACAUCAACAGCCCGGACAGAGCCAGCGGGCCAGAGAGCAGCUUAAGUCAGACCAUGGCCGGAUCCAGCCCCAACACCCCGCAGCCCGUGCCCGAGCAGUCCGCUCUGUGCCAAGGCCCGUACUUUCACAUCAACCAGACCCUGAAGGAGGCCCACUUCCACAGCCUACAGCUCCGGGGGCGGCCUCCGACCUGAUGCGCCGCAGUGGCUUGCCUUCUGUGAAGGGACAGUGCUGUGCGAAUUUUUCAACCUUUGAUCUGUUUUUAAAAAAAUUGCACACACACACACACACACAAAAUGCCUGUUGGCCUUUCAGUCUAUAUUUGAAAUACCAGGGCAACAGGUAGUUGUUUACUUGUGGUUUUGCUACACUAUUGCAACUUCAAAGGGGCUUUGAAGCAGUUUUUAUAGGAGUCUUGAGGGAGGUAUUGGCUCCGUGUCCAGGUGGUAGAGUGAGGAACCCUCAUCUGUGUGUUCAAUCCAUAGUAUGUCCAGUUUAGACUGACUUCCAGAUCUGUCCAGUAAGUCUACUUUAUGUAAAAGAGCCUUUUAAAAAAUGUGGCAUCUUCAAUUUUUUUAAAUAAACUAGUAAAGAGUAUCUAAUUUCCAUGGAAGAAAAAAAAAAAAAAAACCUCCCCCCCCCCCCCCAAAUGUAGAAGUCUUGAUUCAGUGUUGCACUGAAAUGUCUGCCAUACUACCUCUCGGCAUGUGGGUGUUCUGUGGCCAGGCCUCUGCUCAGGAAGAGGGCCGUCUGACCCAGUUAGGGCUGAGGACAAAGCACCCCCAGGAACCGUCUGUUAGAUAUUUCUGUUGCCAGGGAGAAUGUGACUCUUGGAUACCCAGAUCACGGUGUGUUGUGUCUCAGUGUCCCUCCUGUCCACAUCACCAGGAAACACCGCACAGUUCCUCAAGAAAGGCAGAGGUAGUUCUCACAGCCUCGUGCUGUCAGCAGCUAACGUGAUCUCACUGAGCAGCCCACAGCGGAGGCGUCGGUGGGCGCUGACUAGAAGCGAGCGGUACCCGCACUGAUGAUAAAAUUAGCAGGUGUGGUGAGGCUCUUGGACAGGGAUUAACUCUGUGCUUAAAGUAAUCCCAAGCAGGAAGCAGGGGGCUGCAUUCCAUCCUCGACACUGGGAAGAGUGGUGCGGCUAGGAACAGACGAGCAGAGGCCUCUUCAGAACUGACGUGGUAGUAUUUAUUUAUUUAGAAAGGCUACUUAGUCAUACUCGACAGCCAGCCAAGUUUGAAUAAUGAAGGCGUAGCCGUGUCGUCUUCCUCAUUGACCAGCUGUCUGAACAAGGAGCCAGCGUGCAUCGAGUCUUCUGCUGCGGAGGGCGCCGGCGGGUCGGCCUGCUGGUGGAUGUAGAGCAAGUGCCUUAGUCCCUCCAGCCCCCACCCGCUCCCCCUGCACUGCACUCGGAGCCCACACGGUGCCCAGGUGGGGCUGGGACACACGACAGCACCAAGACAUGGCUGGAUGUCAAGAUUUGCAAAGGACUUUGGGAAAGAGCGUGAGAUUUUGUUACGUAAUGGAAUUAAAAGGUGAAGCUAAGGGUCGUCCUAGGAAGCGGGUAAGCACAGGCUCCCGUCCACCCCCUGCUCUCACAUGGGUGAGCCAAGGCUGCUUACUACGGAGGGAGCGUGGCAUGCCGGGAAGGCGCCCCACAGCUGUGCUUACCCAAGGGCAGUGUGUGCAAGCGCUUUCCCCCCCAGUACCAUCUACCGAAGUUGAAAGGCAGAGGCUGGGUGAGAAUUCUUAGCGAAUUUGAAGGCAGGGACUGUGGCAGGACACACUGCUAGCAUUCUGACUGCAAAGGCAACUACCAAGCACAUUAACACAAGCCAUGUGAGCUCUCAGACACCAACACAACACCGUGCAGGUACCCCGAGUAGUCCUGCGGGCUUUAACGGACGGCAUCCUACCAAAACAGAACGCAGGUUAACGAGAAAAGGUCAAACCAAGGGAAGCUACCCAGGCAGGUGUCAGUGGAGGAUAGCACUGUUCUCACCAGAGCUAGGUUUUUCCCAGUUAGAACAAUCUCGCUGCUGUGUUGGCAGUUAUUCUAAAUAAUACGAGCAUUGGUCUCUAUCCUGCCCUGCAUAUUUUCUAGAAAACAUUUCUAUUCUGAGGCUACUUGGUAGUGUCAAUGGGCAUCCUUUAAGACUGCUCUUAGCGCGAGCUAGCAAAACCUGUAACUGCUCUGUUGCGUUGCCAUUAAAAGCAGCAUUAGUA